AUGACGCAUGCCUCUAGAUUCCCGUACCUGACUGCCACUGCGAGGCUCCAACGGGAGCUCGGUGAAAUGCCACGGGAUGGUAGAGGCCCUGCUUGCUUGACAUGUCGGGAAAAAUGUCGGAAAUGUGAUCGCGGCCGUCCAAAGUGUAACCGCUGUAUCACAAAGGGUCUGGAAUGUGGGGGAUACCCCGAACAGUUCAGAUUUUGCGGCAUUGCUAGUCGGGGUAAAUGGAAGGGUGCACGCGCUCCUAUCCGGGGAAGAGCUUUCGCCGCUGGCUCUGGACCGAGUCACGCUAAAUCACAGGGAACGACCGAAUUACUAACACCGGAGACUGAUAAAGACGAUGCCAAAUAUCAGACAGGCAACGCUCAAGAGCCCAUUGAAACCCCGCCAAUUUCCGGAAACUCGGUCGAGUGUGCAGGAGAGACAUCUGACGAAAUUGCCAGGUUGCUGAGUCUCACCGAAACGCAGUCUCUCUUGUCACAUUAUGAUACAUUCGUUUGUCCUCACCAGAUCUCCGAAAUCGGGGACGGUCCCCAAAACCCGUAUCGGUCAUAUAUCAUCCCACUGGCAAAAAAGCAGAUAGGUCUUCUAUAUGCCGUACUUGGGCUAUCUGCCUCUCACCUGGGCCAGUUGGCUGGAAACAAAGUCCUGCAUGAAGAGACGGCAGUGGAAUACCGCAUGAAAGCGAUUCGUGCACUCAGCGAAGAGAUCCGCAAAAGCCAAAAUAUGACUCUGCCUGAAGAUGAACAAGACGCCAUUCUCGCUAUUAUCCAGAUCCUCCUGCUCCACGACAUUUUCGAGACCGGAGUAUCGACUCACGGAAUCCAUAUCACAGGAGCUAUGUCUGUCUGUAAGCGACUGCUGAUCACAGAAGGGCUAAGCGGUCAUCGCCGUCGUGCGGUCUUCUUUCUGGGUAACCUCGCAUGGCUAGAUAUCAUUCGUGCCUUCGCCGGCUCAGAACGUCUGUGCUUUUCUCAAGACAUCCGCGAAAUGGUGGCCUGCGUGAGCGACCAGUCUUUCGAGAUGGUCAAUGGCUGCCCUCGAGAAGUCUUCCUAAUAAUAGGAAACGUCUUGGAAAAGUCAAAGGAGCAUAGCCUAGGUUGGCUGUCGUGGGAUGAAUACCAGAUCUCCCUGAUUCUGGCCAAACACAAGCUAUACUCCUGGAACCGGCAGGAGAGGACAUAUCCGAGUUCUGAUCCUCGCUGGGAGUCAGUCGCAGAAGCUUUCCAAUAUGCAUGUAUAUUGCAUAUCCUUCGACUGUUAGAUCCUCUCCGACCUGCAAAGGCCACGGAAGUCCAGGACUGCGUGGCAAAGAUACUGGACACUACUGCUGGCAUCGAUAAAGAGUGUCCACUGUUGGAACUCCUUAUCUUCCCUCUCUUCAUGGCAGGAGCCGACGCUCUCGCCGCGCAUUCUCAGUAUUACGUGCUCACACGAAUCUACGAGAUUAUGCGACGGUCGGAAGUUCGGAAUCCUGUCCCUGGAGAUUUGUUGCAAAAGACGCAUAGCCCGGAGCUUGCACGGCAGCAUGACUAUCUUAUAAUAUGA